UGAGACAAGCAAGCAACGCCGAGAAGCCUUACCAAGCUUUUCUAGAUUAGAAACACCAGACAUUGCUUUCAAUUUCCUACCUGACCCGAGUUCUCUCCACCAUCUGUCUGAAAAUUAAAGAUGGGAACAGAAGCUGAAACAGUGUGUGUGACAGGUGCAUCAGGCUUCAUCGGAUCAUGGCUAAUUAUGCGACUACUAGAGAAAGGUUAUGCUGUCCGAGCCACCGUCCGAGACCCUGAUAACAUGAAGAAGGUGAAGCAUUUGCUGGAAUUGCCAAAGGCAUCAACCCACUUGACUUUAUGGAAAGCUGACCUUUCUGUAGAGGGGAGUUAUGAUGAAGCAAUUCAAGGGUGCACAGGAGUGUUCCAUGUUGCCACUCCCAUGGAUUUUGAGUCCAAGGACCCCGAGAACGAGGUGAUCAAGCCAACAAUCAACGGAGUACUGGACAUCAUGAGAGCAUGUGCCAAUUCAAAAACAGUUAGAAAGAUAGUAUUCACGUCAUCUGCAGGAACUGUGGAUGUUGAAGAAAAGAGAAAACCAGUGUACGAUGAAAGCUGCUGGAGUGAUUUGGACUUUGUUCAGAGUAUAAAAAUGACUGGAUGGAUGUAUUUCGUGUCCAAGACUUUAGCAGAGCAAGCUGCAUGGAACUUUGCUAAAGAGAAUAACCUGGAUUUUAUCAGCAUCAUACCAACUCUUGUUGUUGGCCCAUUUAUCAUGCAAUCAAUGCCACCAAGUCUCCUGACAGCACUUUCACUGAUCACUGGAAAUGAAGCUCAUUAUGGGAUUUUAAAGCAGGGACAUUAUGUGCACUUGGAUGACCUCUGCAUGUCUCACAUCUUUUUGUAUGAGAAUCCAAAAGCAGAGGGCCGCUACAUCUGCAACUCGGAUGAUGCUAACAUUCACGAUCUUGCUAAAUUACUCCGAGAAAAAUACCCAGAAUACAAUGUCCCUGCUAAGUUCAAAGAUAUUGAUGAGAAUUUGGCGUGUGUUGCUUUCUCAUCCAAAAAGCUGACGGACUUGGGUUUUGAGUUCAAAUACAGCUUGGAGGACAUGUUCGCAGGUGCUGUGGAAACAUGCAGAGAAAAGGGACUAAUUCCCCUUUCUCAUAAGAAACAAGUCGUCGAGGAAUGCAAAGAAAAUGAAGUGGUCCCUGCGUCCUGAUUGUUCCACGGUCCCGUUAUUCCAUAACUAGACGAAUGCCAAUCGCACAAGCUAUACACUACAAAUAAUUGUGGUCUUUGACCUUGGAUUUGCCGCCGACGGCUUUCGCACCAUGAUAGUGGUGUAAGGUUAUUGCCCACUUAAUGGCCUGUUUUAUGUGCUUUGUUUCUCAAAUUAUGUUCAUCGUUGGCUUUGAACAAUUUACUAUAUUGUACCUUUUAAUUGAAUUAUGAUUAAAAAUAAAAGACAAAUAAAAACCUUUUUGUCGUUUGCA